AUGGCGACCCACGCAGCCACCCCCGCGAUUGGCCGCCGUGCGCCGGGGCCCCGCCCCCUUCGCCCCGGCAACGCGCGAGACGGACAGGCCCGCCUCCCUCCCGCCUUCCGGCGCGCGCCGCGGCUCCGCCCCCCGCGCCCGCUCCCCCGCCCGCCGCCGCCCGCGCGCCGGCCCCUCCCCCUCCGCGGCGCAGGGGGGAUUAGAAACUGCUCUAGGAGGAUUUUAAACAACUGGCUGUUCCCUGCGCCGCCGCCACGCCCCCCGCGCCGCCCGCGCCGCUCUCACUGGAGAGCAGGCGCCGGCGCGCCGCAAAGUGCGGCCUGGACUACAGCCGGAGCAGGAGCGGAGCGGAGCGAGCGCGGCCCAGACUUCGGGGCGCCCGCCGGCCGAGUGCGGGGCGGGACGCAGGCCACCAGCCUCCUCGGCGGCCUGCAACUGAGCGGGUCCCGCGAUGGGCGUCCCCCUGUCCCUGUGUCCCCGCUGUCCCCACGGCUCCCUGCCCCAGGGUGUCCCCUGGCCGUCUCCCGGGAGUUGGGGGGGCACCUGGCUGGGGACACCCGCCUCCUAGAGGCAGAACGACGCUGCGACCGUGGAAGAACCGCGCCUCCGGCGCCCGUCCCUGGAGAGCACCCUGCCUCGGCCUCCGUGGGAGGGCGAGUGACCGGCUCCCGCCCCAUGGCGGUCCCACCCGACCCCUUCGCCCCUGCGGGCCUGGAGAGAUGA